AUGAAUACUCCGAAGAAUUCAUACUCCCCUAUCAGCCAUGAGCCACCUCGAUCAUUAAUUGAAGUGCUCCUUGGAGCCAAGAUUGAAGAUACCAAUUUAGGUCAAAGUGCCCUCGAGAAGGGAUUGGAGUUAAGAGUUGAACAAGAACGCACAAAACAACUAUACUAUAAAUUAGAGAAUACGACUCGCUCGAUUGAAUUGCUUAGAAUGGCGAGGGAGAUUGGUGUCUCACCUCAGGAUAUACCCAAAUUGUUUAAUGGUGAAGACUUCAAUGUUGCAAUGCCAGUCCCUUCGAAGGAUAAACCAACCGUGAAUGUUGCAGAUAAUACAGGAAGACAGCCUUUAAGUUAUAGAUUCCCACCGGCAGGAAGUACUCUGCCGCCAAAGCCUGUUUCCAAUUCUGCUCCCAUUAUACCAGCCAAGCGUACUCACUCCCCGGCAAGGAUAGGCGCCAAUGCUGUCGCAGCUCUCAACGAGUCUAUCUCGUUGAAAGAGGAAGAUAGUUCAACACACUUGUCCCCUUUUGCUAAUAGACCUAGUGGGAAUAUUUCCAAUCAUAGUCGCAAUAUUUCAUUGCCUAUGACCAAAUCGAUCAGUCCCAAUAUCCCCUCUGGUAUGACAUCGAUACUAAGUUUUGGAAGAGAUAGUUCAGAGCAGCUGCCAGGAUCCAUUGCAAACGCUAAUGACUCAGACAACUACGACCUCAGAAGGGCUACCAUGGCACACAAGAAACAUCGAAGGGCAAGAUCCGCAUCGUCAUUUGGCGUCAUUGAUCUAAAGAUGAAAGAGGAAUCCAGGCAACAGGAACUACCAAAGCUUAAGACCCAGAUAAACUCGUUACCAAUGCAACCCUCAUCGACAGAUCCAGAGAAGCCCCACCAUGACUACGAUGAAAAGACCUGUAGUGAAAGUAGCAGUCGCAACGGAAGUCCCACACAAGCUAGAAGUAUAAAUUCAGUAGCUAAACUACUAAAUAGUUGUUGA